GUUGCAUUGACGCUCUUCAAAAAUCUUUCGACUUUGCAUCGAGAAACGAGGUAUACAUUUGGGAAACUUUAGUUUGGAAUAAAAAAUGCUGUCACUGCGACGAUUGCAAAACCUCCACUUGCGUCCCUGGGUGCGUCUCUGUUCCGCCGAGCUAAUCCACAAGGACACUUUCAUUGAAAAGCUGAGGAACAGCUUUCGGGAGGAUGAGCGCAAUAAUUUUGUAGUGCCAACGUUUAAAAAAGCCAUGCUCUUUCCGGAUGAGAUCGCUGUGAAGGAUGUGGUCGGCGAGUUUACCUACUUUCAGCUUUAUAUAACCGCCAAGAAACUGGCUAUACAGAUAUCCAACUUUUGCGGUAGCGCAUCCCAGUCGAAUGUGGCAUUUCUCUGUUCGAAUAAUGCUUUGUGGAUUGUGAUACAAUGGGGUUGUUGGAUCUCGGGACAGGUGGCGGUGCCGCUGGAGCCAAAUCAGGCGGCGGAUGAGUUGCUUGGCCAGGCAACAGAUUGCAAGGCGAAACUGUUAAUUGGAACACCCGAGUGUGAGGGAAUGACACAGGAAUUGGCACAGAAACUGCAGACGGCUAGCAUUGUAUUGGAUCACGGCUUUGUGCCCAGCUCGGAGAGUGUCUCCUCCACCGCGAUGUAUGCGAAACAGCUGGUCGGACUUAACGGUGCCUUGAUUCCGGAGAGCACAUUGUCCAAUGAUUAUUAUGCGAAUGCGCCAGCAAUGCUUCUGUAUACUCCGAGUUCGGCAAGUGGACGCAAUGCUGUCGUGUUGACCCAUCGCAAUAUUGAGGCACAAAUGCGUUGUCUCGUUGCGAGUUGGCAUCUGAAUGCCACAGAUUGUAUGCUGCCCAUUAUAUCGAUGCAUCGCAUGCAUGCCGCAAUUGGAGCAUUGCUUGGCGUGGGUGGCAACAUUGUGUUGCAACAGAAAUUCGAUAGCCAUACCGCGUGGAGCUCCUUGUUGGGCAUCAAUAGCAAAUCAAAGCAGAGGGUCAACAUCUUUCUGGCCAUGCCCAUCAUCUACAAGCGACUCAUUGCCGAAUACGACAAGAUGUUUGCCCAAGACUCUCGCAUGGUCGAGUACAUCAUCAAUCAUUGCAAGCAGAAGACUCGUUUAAUGGCCACCGCCUUUGGUCUACUCCCCGAAUCCGUUUUCUAUCGCUGGCGUGAGAUUACGGGUCAGAAUAUCUACGAGUAUUACGGUAUGCUGGAAACGGGUUUGGUUUUGGGUCCCGCACUCGAUGAACCCUCCAUUAGCAUUGACUAUCGUCCGGGUACGUUGGGUGCUCCUCUGGUCGGUGUCACGGCGCGUCUGGUGAACAAGAAUGGUGAUCAGCUGGUCAGCUGUAAAAAUGAAUGCCUCCACACAACUGAAGAGGGACAGGAGGAGAAGGUAACCAGUUCGCCGGUGCUUAGUACAGUGAUUGGAGAGCUGCAAAUCUCCGGAGAUCAUCUAUUUCCGCUGAAGAUUACCCAUCCAGCUCCUGUGCCGCUGCAACAGCCAUUGGAACAGCCAAUGGAGCAACAGACACCGCGACUGGAACAACAACAAAAACUAGAACGACAGCAGGUGGAACAACCAAAGCAGUUGGAAAAACCAAAACAGCCGGCGACGGAUUAUACGGCGGAUAAAUUCCUCAAGACGGGCGACAUUUGCGCCUAUCAAAAUGGCAGCUUUCUCUUUCUCAGCAAAUCGUCGGAUGUGUUCAAUGUGGGCGGCUAUCAGAUCUAUGGAUCCGAAAUAAAAAAAGCUCUCAUUUCGCAUCCGAGCAUCAACGAUGUCGCCGUACUUGGUAUACCCAAUAAACUAUGGGGUCAUCGUUUGGGUGUUAUCUGCAUUUUAUCGCCCGAUGCGGAUGUCGAUCUGGAGACGAUCAAAACUUAUUGUUACAGUCAAUUGCCAGCCCAUAAGCGACCCACUGUCUUCAAGACUAUCAUUGCCAAGUGAUUCAGUAGUGUAGCAAUCAAUCAAUCAAUCAAUCAGUCAAUCAAUCAAGUCAAAUAUCGAUUUACCAAUCAUUACAACUGACUAUUCACCAAUCCAUCCUCAAUGAAUGGAUCAAAUGGGAAAAUUUUUGUGUUUAUUGUUUGAAAAAAUGUAAAUGGACGUGUCGUAUAUAAAUAUACGAGUUUCAAUUAAAUUUUAGCAUAUGAAAUACACUUACAGCUAUCUGUAAAAUUCUAUCUGAAA